AUGGACCCCGGUAUAAUUUGUUUCCAGCACUGCGGUCCGAAAGUGUUUUGUUUUUCUCUACCUGAAGCCUGUCCAGCUUGCCAAUAUGAUUUAGAUGCAGCCAAUUUCUCACUCUUGCCAUUUAGAGUUCCAUAUCCUUUUAUAAAAGCCUCCCAGUACCCAUGCGCAGUUGUAAUUAAGCCAACUACCGGUGAUUUUUUAAAUGACUACCACAAUUCCAAAGAUUUACACAUAGGAGUAACGACAUCCGACGGCAAAAUCGUAGAAUUCGACAGACACGGCCUCAGAAACCACAAAACCACCCAAUGGAACCAGUGUCUGCUCUUAGAACAGGUACCAGGACCUUGGCGGGAUCACUGGGACAACGUCCUGAAACUAGUGUCCGCUCAAAAAUGUUGGUCGUCCGAUAUAUACCGAGAAGAUACGCAUAAUUGUUUUUCUUUCGUACUGACGUUUCUGGUGACCUUGGGGUACGGGAAUUUGAGUCUUGCCGCCAAAAGUAAAACGAAUUUUUGCGAAAAAUUCAUUAUUCCUAGGACUAGUUCUGCGGGGAAGUAUAUAUCGCUAUAUAGGAGGUUGAAAAAUGGAAUUUACGUACAUAGAGUUCAAAAAAGUUGA